AUGUGGCGCCUCGAUAGCCCAGGCCGGUGUGCUCGCCAAGCAGCUCAGCCGGCCGCCUUUACGGCGUGCCGCGUCAUUGUCGGCUUGUCGUGUGUGUCCUCUGCGAUCACGGCCAGCUGCUGCGCCACCUCAGCCGGCACCGCCCUCUUUGUGGCCCACCGUAGGAAGAGUUACCACUUCUUUAUAAACCUCGACGACCCUGACGCGACUCGGCGCCGCAUCGAAGAAGACCUGGAUCGCCUCGCCAGCGACGCUAGGAAAGGCACAACCGCCUACCUGCACAGCCUCCUGAACCUGGCGCUGAGCCACUAUCAGAGGAACGACUUCAUCAGCGCGCGCGACAUAGCCAACUACACCCAUCAGAAGGCGCUGGCACACAACUUUAAGUCUUCGUUGAUUUACUUCACUGCAGCAACUUGCGCCAAAUGCGCGGACGCACUGGCGAAAGAUUACGAGGCGCAUCUACAACGCAUGGAUGAGCAAAGCCACAUAUCCGCUGCCCUGACGCCGAAACCGUCGGUGGUGUUCAGUGCGAGGCGCACGAUCAAGAAGCUGCGGGCGGAUGCAGAGCGGUACCGGGCCAUAGCUCAGCGCGUCUAUCACCGCCCCGACAUGGCGUUCAUGCGGGGUGGCGGCGACUCACGUGGUGGGAGGUGUCGCUCGUCAGCACGGCACACCGAGGCCCGCGACACCCGCCACGCGUGGGCAGACAACAGCAGUAACAACAGCGUUGAUGAGGAGUACAUGCCGCACAUGUAUGGAACUCGUUGGCAAGAUCGACGGAAACGUCCGGAGCAUGCAGAAAUAACGAACUACUACAAACAUCAGUGUGAGUCGUCGUCAACGUCGCGCGGUGAGACUCGGUGGCACGUGCCCAAGUGA